AUGGCAACGGCGUUUCCCGACCAGGCCUCGUCGAGCAUGAGCAAUGAGCAUGAGCAGGAGACGAGUCGACGCGCUAGGCCCAAAGCGGGUGCAGCAACAGGAUGCGUCUCGGCAGCACUUCCUAUUGCCCGUUACUCGCCCCCCCAACUCAUCGGUACACGUCCUGCACGCGAGGCGGCCAGACGGCUUCAAACACCUGUUCUCCGCCCUUGGGUCCCCUACGCCUGCUGCCGCUACUUUCUUGUCCAUGCCGAGUCAGCCAACCACGCCUACUGCUACACACUACCACCCGACUAUUACAUGCUACUGUGCUUGACAAAAAGCUUUUCACAAAUGCCCAUCCCCAAUCCCCAUGUCGCCCAGCAAACGCCACACUGCUGUGCCUCGACGUCUACUCUACUUACACUACUAGUCUACUUCUUUCAUCGCCACACACACACCCAUCUCGCUUCUCGUCAAUCGACCGUCACCAGAUACAUUGGACAAAUCAUCGUCACCAGCCCCUCCUCUCCACCUGCAGUCAGCCGCGCCGGUCGACUGCCGUGCCAUGCCAUGUCUCGUCUCAUACGGGCGUCCGAUGGCACCAAAUCACCAUCCAUUUCUCCAUCUGGUAAUCAUUGCCUGUUGCGCCUUCCGGGCGAACAGGAUCACGCCCAAUCCAGCCUAGCCUGCACACCCACAUCCCUAACCCGCGCGACCGACCACACCCCACAGCUCGCGAAAACUCCUAUCGGCCUCUGGUCCCAUCGGUGA